UCGGCGAACGAAAUCGGGGAAAAUAAUCGUUCUUUUUGGCUUCUCCGUCGUCGCGUUCGUCCCCCUCGCGCCCCUCUUCGAUCCAUCUCGAUCGUCCACUAAAACCCUAGCCCCCUAAAGGCCGUAUCCAGCAAAGAUCGUCUCAUUUUCCGUCGAUUCGUACCCCCAAUUUCGCUGGUUGGGGUGCGAUUUCUUGCUCCUUAUUCCUGAAAACUCUGCACUCGCUUCGAGGUUCUUUAGAUACUUCCUGGAUUUCUUUGCUCUUCCUUGGAUUUCUACCAUCCACAUCAUACUGAUGUCUAGCAUGAACACGCUUAGACCAUCAACGCGAGGUGCAACGAUGUCCGUGCGGGAUGAUAUAAGUGGGAACAUGGUUCUGAACUUGGACCUCAACUUUCCGCCGCUAGAGUGCUGGCUGGCUGAGGGGACUUCUGGUUCUAGGCAUCCAUGGAUUUCCAUUACCCAGAUUGGUGAUGCUAUUGAAUCGCAGCAAGGGUCUACCGCACCACCAAGUGAUCGUCUAAAUAACUCGAUCAUUGAUCUAGAAUCGAUAGAGGAUGAUGUUGUGACCCUCGCAUCCUCAAGAGGGUUUCCUCAGGGGAGGGACUCCUUUAGAAGGAGCCAGCCUGUGAUUGUCGUCCCGGAUGAAGACCUGGGGAUAAAUUAUAGAAGAGCAGAACAACGAGUGGCUAGAUCAUCUUCAAACACUCGCAACAAGCGUCCAAGAAGUUCAACGAGCAGGACAAUUAUUAAUUGUGACCUUUAUCCCGAUUUAGAACAGGAUCUUAUUGCAAAGAUGUCUGGACCAUUUGGACCCUCCACUGCAGCACUGGACACUGUUGUUAAAGGCUUGUCAUGGUGUGAGGCCCAUCAAGGCCCUUGUGCCUUGCCUAGAUUGAGGUUAUAAGUGGCAUAUCAAAAAAGGAAGAAAUCCAAACCAGAGCCUGUGGUGUUAACUAGGAAGGAACCCACCUUCACCUGCCCUGUCUGCUUGCAUGCUUUGGUUGAUGCAUCAUCAACUAUUUGUGGCCAUAUUUUUUGCCUGCAAUGCAUAAAGUCUUCCAUUCAGGCACAGAAGAAAUGCCCAACCUGUCGGAGGAAGCUUACGAUGAGCAGUUUUCAUCGCGUGUACCUUCCAGCAACCCAUUAACGUGACCACCCCAAGCAGAUCUUUUGUGCAUUUCGACGGGGCCUCCUAUCGAUUCCCAAUGCCAUGCUCUUGAAUUCGUUCUCCAUUCUGAUACCAGUUUUUUAGUUUCUUUUCUACAGGUUUUGGAACAUUCUCCAAUUAAAUUUUUAAGUCGAUGUGUUUAUAUA